UGAGAGCGCGCGCGGGGAGCCUCCUUCUCCCUCUAGCCUACAUCACUGCAACCCCACCACCACCACCUCCCCCCACACACGCACCAGUCCCACCUCCCCUGUUCCCAAACUACAGCGAAGCCAAUUCAAGCGAUUCUCCGCAGUGCUGGAGGAGCAGAGUGGAGAGAAGAAGGAGCAGAAGCAGGAGGAGGAGGAGGACAGAUUCGCUCCAUACGGGAGGAGGAAGAGCUGCACAUUCUGGUGUCGGGGCUCGUCAGUGCGGCCAGCAUCUCAGCUGAAGCGUCCAGCUCUUUGCUCUGCAGAAUGAGUUCAUUCAGUACGAGGGCGCUGACGCUGCUCUCUUCAGUUUUUGGAGCCUGCGGCUUGUUGCUGGUGGGGGUUGCCGUGUCGACGGACUACUGGCUGUUGAUGGAGGAAGGAAUCGUCCUGCAGCAGAACCAGACCACUGAGGUCAAGAUGGCGCUGCACUCUGGUCUUUGGAGAGUCUGCUUUGUGGCAGGACCAGAGAAGGGCAGAUGUGUGGCGUCCGAGUAUUUCACCGAACCAGAGAUCGAGAUCACCACUGAAAACACAGCUAACAUACUCAAAAUGGUUCGAACUGCCACUCCGUUCCCCAUGGUCUCCCUGCUGUUCGUCUUCACCGCCUUCGUUAUCAGCAACAUCGGCCACAUCCGGCCUCAGCGCACCAUCCUGGCCUUUGUUUCCGGCAUAUUCUUUAUCCUAUCAGGUCUCAGUCUGGUGGUGGGGCUGGUUUUAUACAUUUCGAGCAUCAACGACGAGGUGAUGAAUCGACCCAGAGAAGCCGAGCAGUUCUUCCACUACCACUACGGCUGGUCCUUCGCCUUCGCCGCGUCUUCCUUCCUGCUCAAAGAGGGCGCUGGAGUGAUGUCUGUCUACCUCUUCAUGAAGCGUUACGCUGAGGAGGAACUUUACCGCCCCCACCCUGCACUCUAUCGCCCCCGCAUGUCUGACUGCAGCGACUACAGUGGCCAGUUUCUCCACCCGGAUUCCUGGGCCCCCCCGCAGCGCGGCCGCAGCGCCUCCGACGUCUCCUCCGACAUCUCCAUCCAGCUCAACCAGACCCCCCCGCCGCAGCAGCACCUCAAGGGGGGCAGCAGCUCCCAGGCGACACCGUCCUCCUCCGGACCUUCAUCGGCCGCCAGCUACCAGCUCCACCCGGCCUCCUCCUCCUCCACGUCCUCCUCUUAUCCACACCCCCUCCAUCCGGGGGCCACCUCCACCCUAACCAGAGCUUCCCACGCGCACGACCACUUCCAGCAUCACCCCCACCCAAGUGGGCCUCCUCCUCAGUCCCUUCCGAUGGCAGCACCUCCCUCUGCCGUGCCUCCUCCUCGCUACCACACCAGAAUGAGUGCCUCGCCAUGCUAGGAAAAAAAUGCAGCGAAAUGGGGGGUUUUGGGGGG